UAUAGAUAUGCCAUUCCAAGUCGCAGUACUAGGAAUUUAAUGAAGUAUAAAAGCAUCCCCUGAUUUACCAGUUUCUUUUCACUAGAGAAACAGAAACACAAUACGAGAGGUGAAAUCUAGGGUUUCAAUUCAACUUUGAUCUGUUUAUGAACUGAGGCAAUGAAGGCAGGAACAUUUUCUUUGAAUCCAUAUGCAGCAUCAUACAUCCCGCUCUCCAGAAGAGGUAUCUCUAAUGAAAACAAGGGGUGUGAACUGACAGAAAAUGCCUCUAAAACUGGAGAUGAGCCUUUCGGGGACGGGUCACAGCCUGUGAUUAAAACAACUCAUAAGCAGUGCCAAAAGACUCCUGAAAGCUACAAUAUCCAAGGUACUGUCUCUGAGGAUUCUAAGUUGAAGAGUCAGACUGUUCAUGGCUCAUCCUCGCUGUACCCUAAUGAGAUGACAGAGAAGCACAAGUGGGACGAUCAGAGGGACAUGGAUUUGACAUAUCUUCAGAUGACGUUUCCUGGUGUAUCAGAUGAUUCUCUCUCUGUUGUCUAUCUAGCAAAUAACGGUGACCUGGAUGCGACAGUCGAAAUGCUUAUUCAACUUGAGCUAUAUACAGGUGAUUCUUCUGAAAAUCUUCCCGACAGUUUGGACAUUGGUGAUGUAGCAGAGUCAGGGACUUCAAGCCACAAACUGAAGAAUGUGCCGAAGAGUGAAGUUGGAGGUUCCUCAUCUGGGGGUAGUCGGCCUCUUUCAACCUAAUUCAGCAGGCAAAUAACAAUAGAUACCAUCUAUGCUAGUCCAAUCCUCACAGUGUAGUUCUAUAAAGACCAAAUUGUGAAUGUGCAUUUAAAGUAGGUUUUGCUUGCAUACAGUUCGUUGUUAUGUACAGGUUGGAGAACCGCGUUUACUCUUAACUGCAUUUUGGACCUGCCACGAAAAUAUAAAAUUGUUGAUGCAAAUGAUUUUCAUUAA